CCCCGGUCGUUUUAAUUCUUGAUUUUGGGUGUGCUCAUUGUCAUGCUCUACUAGUUAGUUCCGGGCGUGUUAGCUCCCGCGCCUAUGAAUGAUUCGGGCUUCUUUUGGGGAGUUGUGGGAAGAACAUGAAUCAUCGUCCUGGAUGGGGUUAGUUGUGUGGUAGCCUGGUAGGUUAGGAUGGGAGGGUGAUGCGAUUGCUAUGAAUUUGUUCUGCAAUCGAUGAAUUGGCAAUCUGAAUAACUGUACAUAUAGAACUCCGGGGGUUGAUUCGUCAACCACAUUGUCGUCUGGGGGAUUGUUUGGUUAUUUUAGGUAGUAGUGAAUGCUUGCAAUUUGUUAUUCUGACCACUGGAGAAUCCUUUCGGAACCAAAACAUGAUAAGGUGACAUGUAACUCGGAGGGGAUUGAGGAAAAAACACCGUUGGUAUGUUGUUAACUCAUUCCAGCAGAGGAUAGCUUGUUGGUGAGGUUAGCGUGGCAAGAUCGAUGAAGACACAUUUCACCAGAGGAGAAAGCUUUGGUGGAAUAGGGCAUGGCCAAAAUGGAAAAGGUUUGAUCACGAACCAAGGUAUGAAGGCUUCACUCAGCAAUGCUGGAUCUUCUGCCAAGACUUUUGCAGCUCUUGCUGGUGUUCAAAGUUUCAUCAUGUGCUUGUUGAGAAGACUGCGAGGGAAAGAUGAUGUGAUCAAUGCUGGCAUGGCUGGUUGUUGCACAGGCCUUGCUUUGAGCUUUCCAGGUGCACCCCAAGCAAUGUUCCACAGCUGUGUCACCUUCGCAGCGUUCUCCUGCAUCAUGGACGGGCUCAACAAGCAGCAGGCCGCAAUGGCGUUCACACUUGACAGGAACCCUCCGACCAACAAGCGUCAAGAAGGUGGUGUUCUCCCGCCUUUCACUCUUCCUCCACUUCUGGAUGCUUCAGACGCUCUAGGUUCAUUCUGCCAAACGUUGCUCAAGCCUAAGCACUAGAAUAUGCUAAUCGGGUACCCCAAAAGAGGUAGCGCCAUAUGUUGUCUAUCUGUGCUCCUUUAGCAUUCGGUAUUUUCUGAUCAACGAUGUUGCUGUAUUUCUGUGAUGAACAUGAUCAAGUAUGGUAAUGGCGCUGUUGCCACGCCUUGUAUCUAGUUUUGUUGCCCGAAUUUUGUAUCUACUAUUGUUGAAGGUUGUAACAAGCUUGGUGAAGAGACAAUAA